CCCAGAACUAGGCGGCACUCUGUCGCCGCCGCCGCGCUAUCUGGUGGAGUCACCCAAGAACGUGUCCGGGGCUGGGGGACAGUUCACGCACUUCGUACGCGACAUGCAGAUCCAGGAGCUGGAGCUGACCAGCGACUGCAGCUCCGGGGAGUUCAAUGUACUGCAGUCGCCGCUUGUGUGCGAGGUGGAUUCCGAGACGGAGGCAGCCCCGCCGGAUCUGCAGCCGUCCAGCCGCGCCGAGCAACAGGAGCAGCUGCGGCAGAAGCGCGCCCAGAAACGGAACGCCCUGGAGACGCACUUUCUGCCGCAGCUGAUGAACCCGCGCUACCUGGACAGCAUCCUGGAGGAGAACAGCGAUCUGGCAGGCGUCGGGACAGCCGGCCUGCAUCGCAGCAGCUCCUCCGGAAGCGAUCAGGCGGGGAUGCGCGUCCCGAAGGUGACCGAAACGUUCCCCAAGAGCCAGCUGGACUUUAGCCGCCGACACAAGCGCAGGGAGGAGCCGGUGGCCCUCAUGCUGGAGACGAAACUGAUUGAGGAGCCCAGCGACCUCGAGAGCUGCACCCGACUGCAGGGCACACUGUCGCCGCAGUCCGAGGACGCGGAAUUGGUGUACCUCAGCUCCUCGGCCUCCAGCAGCAUGUCCGAUCUGAUGGAGCUGGAGCUGGAGCAGGCCGCUGCCCUGGCUGAGCGCGCCCUGGUCGACCUGGACACGGAUGCCAGCAAACUGUUCCGACGGCCCGACGACGAGAUGAGCAGCACGACCACCACAGAUGCGGCCACCUCGUCGAACGAGACGGAAACGGAGGGCGAACUGGAGACGGAAACGGAAACGGAGAGGGACACGGAGAGCCGCGAGAGCACACCUGUUAACCAAUUUGGCAACGUGGGAGCGGCAGCGGGAGCGGGAGCGUCGGCUAGCAGCUCGCUGUCUUCGCUUUUGUCUUCGUCGGCAACGCCGACGCCCACCGCAGAGCAGCCAACGAGAGCGGAAGAUACAUUUGUAUCUUUCGGUUCGAUACGCGAACAGGCGGCCCCAGAGGCUGCUGGCAGCAUCGGCAGUAUCGGUGCAGCGUCAGCGCUGUCGGCCACGCGAGAGGAGUUCGUUCGCAACAUGGACAAAGUGCGCGAGUUGAUCGAGAUGACGCGACGCGAGGAGGAGCACGAGCAGACCAGUAUCGGUAAUGGAGUGCCUGCUCCGACUGCUCCGGAGCAGGAUAUGCCACGUUCGCCAUCGCCCCCGCCCAUUCCGCCGCCACCCGCUGGCCUACAGUACUACAAUCCCACCAAUCCCACAGCCGACCAUCCAAACACAGUGUCCUCCGGUGCCCUGGCGCCACUCCUGCUCAGCCGGCAGGAGUCUGCGGAGUCGCACUGCUCGGACAGCACCCAGCACAGCCAAUGCACGGCCAUCAAUCUGGCUUCACCCCCGCCCAGCUUUGCCAGCAGCAGUCCCCCGCCACAGACACAGCAACAGACACAGCAACAGACACAGCCACAGCCACCCACACCGCCCCUCAGACAACAACAGCUCCAUGCACCAAUAUAUCCUGUUCCUAUUUCCGCCCCUGCUUCCACCUGCACCAUCCCAGCACCACCCCCCGCCGCGCAGCAGCAGCAAGAGUCAGAGAUUUCAGUUGCAGAUGACGAAACGGAACCAGCACCAGAAUCGGAAGUGGAUCCCAUAAAGAAGCUGCGCCUGCUCUGCACCGAGACCUUGGCGUCCAUGCCGUAUGGGGAGCAGGUGCUCGAGGAACUAGCCAACGUGGCACAGGACAUAGCAGAGCCAGGAACGCACACACAAACGCACGCGGCAGCCACGAUGCCCUAUCCGCUGCCAGAGAUGCCCCACAUACGGGAGCUGCAGCUGUCCACCACACACGAGAGCAAGUCAUCCUCGUCGCGCUCCAGUUCCGCCUGGCUGGGCAUGCCGACGCAGGCGGAUCCCAAGCUGCUGGUAUGCCUGUCGCCGGCACAACGUCCGUUGGUUGGGGAGACCAAGCCCGAUCAGCUGCUGGACGACCAUCAGAAGUUCGUGGAGCGACGCGGCUACCACGAACUGAGCAGCGCCCAAGUGCGUGCCCUCGACAACGAGCAGGAGCAACAGCAGCAACAGCAGCAGCAGAGCGAGAUGCUCAAGACGGCGGCCAUGAUGCGAGAGUUGCGCAAGAGCCUGACACCCACGCAAGAGCCGCCGCCAGUGCCAGUGAAGAGCGCCGAAACAGCGGCCAAGGCGAGCGCCAAGAGAGAUGACGCAAGCGAUCCGAAGAGGAACGGAACAGCAUCGUCAUCGAUUGAAAAUAAACCAAGGCGAGCAGCUGAUCCCAGCGAGCACACAGAGCAGCGGCAGCGGCAGCAGCAGCAGCAGCACCACCACCAUACCAGAUCCAGCCACCAGAUGAACAGCAGCACGGACGUGAGGUUCCCAGCCUCUUCAAUGGGCGGCGGCAUGGAGAGCGAACUGGCCAGGAUGUUCCCCAGCAUGGCCCAGCAGCAGCAGCGGCAGGCGGACAUCUUCGAGGAGCAGCGCAAACGCUUCUCCAACAUCGAGACAAGCAACAGCCAGCCAAAGGGGCAGCAGCAGCACACCAAGCGGUACUCGAACAUCGAGACCAGCUCGUACGAGUCCAAGAAGCGCACGGAGAACGGUCAGGUGAUCUAUGACAUUACGAAUUCCAGCCACGAGAAGCAGAGCAAUCGCUUCCCCAAGGCGGUGGCGGAGGCGGGGGCAGAUUCCACCGAUCAUGCACCGCCGCCGCCCAUCCCACCGCCGCCAAUUAUGUCAGCAACCAAAUUAAACGGUUCGACUACGGCAAACACUUUCAUUGAGGAUGAUGACGCGCCCAAAAAUAGCCGGCAAGAGCCGGAGAGCAGCAGCAGAGAGAAUGGCAAUGAGAGGGAGAGCAAGCAGCAGAGCGGCAGUGCCUCUGCCUCUGCCUUAGCCACAGCCUCCACCUUUGGCGGCACGUACGAGGAAUUUCGGCAGCGUGCCAAGGCAGCGGUGGAUGCCAUUGGAGCACCCCGACCCCCACCGCCCGCCAAUGGGUUGGACAAUGAGAAGGUGUUCAAGGACUUCGAUCGACUGUCGCAGCAGAUGAACGCCGAGCUCCAGUCCACGAGGGAGCGGCGCGAGAAGUCAGCCUCGCUCUUCGAUCUCAGCGGUAUGACCAGGGGCCAGGGCCAGGGCCAGGGAACACAUCCGCUGGAGGAGCUGAAGCAGCGUCGGCACGCCCACAUGCAGGAGCUGGAGCGAGAGAUCGAGCGCUCGUCCCGAUCCCGGCAGGAGCGCAUGUCCUCGGUGCCACGCAAUAUGGAGAGCACACCCGCGCCCAGGACCCACGAAAUUCCCAUCGAACUGGAGCAGCAGGAGCAGCGCUCGCGACGCGCCGAAUCCAUGUGCAACCUGAGCGAGCCACGCCCCCGGCCACACACCUCUGUGGGGCACUACAACUACAGCAACAACAACAGCAGCGCGUCGCAGGACGAUUGGGCACGCUAUGCCAGCGAUCUGGGCUACUCGGAGAACAUUGCGCGACCCUUUGCCCGCGAGGUGGAGAUCUGCUACCAGCGGCAGGGACAGCACCCGAAUCCCAGGCAGUCGCAGCCCAUCCGGGCGCCGCGCCUCUCGGCCAGCACCAACGACCUGACCAGCGGCAGCAGUGGCCACCACCCACACAGCUUCGAUAGCUUCAACGCGUACGGCGGCCGCCGGACACACGCGCCCAUGCUCAGCCAGGCGCCGCAGCAGCAGCGGCCGCACUACGCCAGCUGCUACUCCAUGAUCGAGCGGGAUCCCAAUCCAAAGUACAUCAGCACCACCUCCAGGCGGGGCGUGAGUCCGGCCCCAGUGCCAGUGUCGCCGGCCACAGUGGUGCCGCCGCCCGCCUACGAUCGCCAGCAGAGGCGAUCCUCGCUGCCGCGCGAGCUGCACGAGCAGCAGCUGAAGUACAUCCUGUCCAAGGAGGAGGAGCUGCGCCUGGAGGUGGAGCGCCUGCAGCUGGAGCGCCGUCGCCUGAUGGAGGAGAUGCAGCGGGCGCCCGUAUUGCCGCCGCCACAGCGACGGGAGAGCUACCGGCCGGCGGCCAAGCUGCCGACGCUCAGCGAGGAUGAGGUGUUCCGCCAGCAGAUGGCCGAGGAGUGGAUGAACAAGGUGGCCGAGCGUGAGGAGCGGCGCCAGCACAAGAUCAUCAAAAUCUCCAGGAUCGAGGACGAGCAGGACCACGCCACAGAGCGGGCCAACAUAAGCGACGAGUUCCUCAGCGCCGUCAAGGAGCGACGCCACAAGCUGGCCAUGCCGGCGGACAGUGACUGGGAGAGCGGCGCUGAGUCGCAGCCCCAGGUGCAAGUGGCGGGGGUCGCCCCCACCAACGAGUCGGAUGCGGAGGCAGCGCCCGUGCGCAUUCUCGAGGGCCAGGCGGAGGCCAGUCUGGGGCAGCUGCCGCGGCAUCUGCGCGAAUUUGCAAAGUUCUCGACCAGCGAACAGCUGCCGGAUGGGGCACAGGUGGAGCGUCACGAGCAGCAGGAGCGGCGCGAGGAGGCCACGGACCACUCGCACAGCACCGCCAGCCAGAAGACCAGCAUCGUGAAGACGUACAAGGUGUCGCGUCUGCCGCCUUCCGUGCAGGACAGAGGAGCAACAGCAGCCACAGACACAGACACAGCAGUAUCCGCCACAGAGACUGCACCGGCCAUGAGUGUAAGGCUGCGACCACGACCGCCCAAGCAGACGCGCUUCCUACUCAACCCGCAGCAGCUGCAGCGUCAGAGGCAACGACGCAGCUGGUCCGAGAGCGAUCUGCUCAAGGAGAUCGACAGCGAACUGCAGCUGGCCAAGGGCUUCCUCUACGCGAAUGUCUACAAAGUCAAGCACGAGUAUAUGAGCGAACCGGAGACGGAGAACGAUCGUCCGCGCAAAAUGGCACAGUUAGGUCGGAGGCAGUACGAUGGGAUCGGUCCGGUGACCAACGAUGGAAUGCCCAUCAUACUCAGAUCGGAGGUCCAGGAGCCGCAUCAGCAUGAGUGGUACAAGCGACUCUAUCAGACCAUACACAAGCAGAAGAAUGGCGACGAUUUCGUGAUACGCUACAAGUGUCCCAGAGCCCGUCCGUCGUACAAGAGCAACGGUUACGUGUCAGAGCCCGAACCCAACUACGACUCCGACUACUCCACGGUGAGGUACCGCACACAGAAUCCGCAUCGCGUGCAGUCCGUCUCCUCGGCCGUCAAUGUGCGAAACCUGAGCCAGGACGAGAAGUUGUAUGGUACUAUGCCAAAUCCCAUCAAGUCGGCUCAGAAUUCGUACAAAAAUCAGCCCGGCCGCAUCGAGAACUACACCACAGGACAUUCGUCAGUGUCCGAAAAGGAGAAGAAGGAGAAUCUAGAACAAUCGAAACUAUCUCCGCUCUACACAGAAGGAAACUUGUCCAGAGCUCUGGCCAAGGAAUCCGGCUACACCAGCGACUCGAACCUAGUCUUCCGCAAGAAGGAGCUGCCCGUCAGCAGUCCCCUCAGUCCCGUGGAGCAGCGGCAGGCCUACAAGAGUCUACAGGCAGGCGGACAACCGCCCCUAUUCGGCUUCCGUAAGCCAGCGCCCGAGCGGCCCAGAGAAAUUGUGGAGGAAUUCGAAUUCAUACAGAUCACUCCGACCCUCACCAAGAUACGAGUGAGCACCAAGGAGCUGCAGGAGGACGAGCCCACAGCGCCCAGUCCAGUGAUAACACAGCCACCACCUCCACCGCCUCCUCCACCGCCACCACCGCCAGCGCCAGCCACAAGCCCACCCAAGAUGUUCUCGCAGCUGUCCAAGAACCUGCCCUCGUUCAUUCCGCUGAGCAAGAAGCAGCAGCUGCAGCAGGACCAAGCGCCUGCCCCGAUGCCACCCAAUCGCAAGUCCUCCUGCACCAAGAGCACGGUGCGUGUCUCGAGCUGCACCAAGUCCCGCCACGAGCAGUGUUUCCAGCCGCCGGGCGGAGGAACCAUCACCCUGCGGAAGGUCGCCUCCUCCGCGAGCAGCACGCGACGCGAACCCAUCUCUCGGUCCAAGAGCGCGGGCGCCGUCUCCACCCUGCUGGCCACCCUCACGGCCACCAAGGAGACGCGCCACAAGGAUGGCGGCGCCUGUCGCGUCACCCGGGUGCAGCAGCAGUCCCGUCUCCGUUCCGUGAGUCCCAGCCGCCGUCCGGUCCGUGUCCUGGCCCUGCGCCAAUCGAGUCGCAGUCCGGUGGCCUUUGGCCGGAGCAUCUCCAAGGAGCGCAGCUUUGCCGAGGAGAAGAAGCGGCUGGAGAACACGCUGCCGCCCAGCCGGACCAACUUUGAGGCCAGCACCAACAUCCUGCGGGACCCCUUCCUCAAGUCGCCCCAGGAGGUGCGCGAGGCGGUGCGCUCCUACGCCACCUGCAAGGCGCAGCACACGCGCAGCAAGUCCCUGCCCAGACUGCGUCAGAGCACCGUGAGCACCACCACCAGGCAGACGAUGUGCUUCCCCCAGGUGCGGCCCCAAACCCUCAUCGACUGCGGACGCUCCCUGCGGAAGGUGCUGCCCAGGAGCCAGGCGAAGUCCGGCUCCAACGACAGCCUGCCGCGCAGCAACUCCACCUUCUCCAUCGACUCGAUGGUGCGGCAGGAGUUCGUGCCGAUUGCCCCGCCCAAAAUCUAUGUGGGCAAGGCCAAGCCCUCCGCCGCCAAGGCCAAGUCGCUGGUUCCGCUGCAGAGCAGCCGCAGCGAGGGUCAUGUGCCGCGCAAGCGUCAGGUGGGAAAACCACCCGCCUCCGGCAACAGCAGCAAGGCAGCAAGGAAGCAUCCUCCCGUGUCCGUGCAGUCGUACAGCGACACGGUGCGCGAGAAGACCCAUUUCUGGAACGACUACAACGCCAAGCAGUCCGUCUCCAUGUCCAUGUCCAUGUCGCUGCCCCAGCAGCCGGAGUACAAGUACUGCUCCCUGGAGCCGGAGGAUGUCUACGACUAUGCGGGCGGCGCACAGCAUCAGGCACCGUCGAGCAGCUGCAUCGAGGAUCUGGUGUGGAAGUACGAGAACAAGGAUCGCGAUCGCGAUCGCCAUGCCAAGCCGUGCCAGGCGGCAGUCACGGACAUUGCCCGGCCGCAGUCGCCACAGCCGGACUACACAGCCGGGCUGGAGCGCCGUUUCUCGCCCACGCGGGAGGUGCGAGUGCCUCAGAGCCAGAACCAAAGCCAGAGGGAGGUGCGCUCCCCCUCGCGCCGUCGCAUCGACAGCCUGAGAUCCAGCCAGCGGCAGGACAGGGAACAGGCCAUUGCCCGGGCCAGCAGUCUGAGCAGCGCCGAUGAUCGCAGCAAGCGAUCCGCGCCACCGGGAAGCCUCUACCAGUGCGGCGAUCUGGCCCACAGUGCCACAUCCCUGACGUAUCUGGAGCGGCACAGCCCCAGCUGCCGUUACCGCAACAAUUGCGAACGCUUCACGGAUCUGAAUCGAUUCUACAGCACCCUGGAGCGGGUGGGCCAGCUGGAGCGGGCCACCUCCUCGAGCAGCUUCCAUCCUUUGCGCAAGGAUGCCGAGUUGCUGGCCUUCGACGAGUGGCGCAAGGUGCGGCUGCACGAGCGCGCCGAGAAGGAGCUGCAGUAUCUGGUGGGCAAGCUGCAGCACGACCAGCGGGAACGGGACCUGCACUUCCGCUCCAAGGACGUGGGCGAGAUCAGGUGGCGUCAGGAGGCGGACCAAUCGCUCAGCACCAAGAAGAAGUCGGUGGAGGAUCUGCGCGAGAACUUUGAGCAGCUGAAUCUCUUCAGGCAGCAGCAGCAGCAGCUGCAGCAGGACUGCCAGCUGCAGCCGGUGCCGCGCCAAUGGCGACGCAACACUGUGGCGGAUCUGGCCAGCAGCCUGGAGCAGCGCGUGCAGAAAGACGACACCGAAAUGGACCGUCACCUGGACAACGAUCUGGUCAGCACUCUGUCCAAGGAUCAGAUCAAGAAGAUCACCCAGCAGCUGAACGAGAUCUAUGCGGGGGGCAACCGCAAGGGCGCCGCCGUCGAGGAGCAGUACGUGGUCACCGUGGAGAAGGGCUCCAAGCAGGGCUCCUGCCAUGCCAACACCCUGAAGGUGCGCUGCAACUCGAACAUCUCCAAGGAGCAGCUGCUUGGACCUGUUCUGCGCAAGCGCGAGGAGCAGCAGCAGCAGCAGCAGCAGACUCUGCCACGGCCCACGCGCAGUCAGUCGCCCGUGGUGGUGGCCAGGGAGACGCGCGGUGCCAUUGCGGCCAAGAAUGCUGAACUCACGCUGACCAGAGCACCCGAUGUGCCGCCCCGUCCGAAGCCCAGCGAGGUGAAGGGCCAGGCCAAGACUGCUCCCGCGAAGGUGGAGCAGGAGCCAGCAGAGAAUAUCAACCAGAAGAUACAGUACUUCGAGGAUCGCCAGUUCGAGGAGCCGGCCAAGACCAUCUACCACGCCCGCGAGGACUCCUCGCCCGACGAGGCCGAGGUGAUGCGCCUCAUCGAGCACAACAUGCAGGCGCGCCAGAAGGCCAGGAACAGUCAGCUGCUGACCCACACGGAGCUGAGCAACUCGCUGACGGAUCUGAGCGGCGUUUACGGGGAGCGACCCGCUGCACGGGUAAAUUUUCACUUGCACAGCCCCCCGCUGCGGCCACCCGACGAGCAGGCAGAGGCAGAGGCAGAGCUGCUCAGCUACGAGAAUGGUUCGCCCGGGCCAGGAGACGCCAGCCUUGAGCUGUACGACAGCCAGUCCUACUACCGCUCGCGCAGCCUCUCGCCCCAGUCGCAGGUGUCCGCCUGCUCGAGCUCCUACCUGCAGCGCGUCUACACCGGGGAGGUGCAGAAGAUGCGGCAGCGCUUCGAGGGCAUCCACCGGGAGACGGAGCAGCAGUCCAACGAACAGACCAGCGAUUUUUUUGGGCUUAGCCCGCUGCGGAAGGCGCGCAGCGAUCCCGAAUUCAGUGCGGGAUCCAAAGACGCCUCGGGCACCGCUACGGAGGCGGAGCCGCGGAAGGAAUCACCGCCAGGCAACAACAGCCAGGCGGACGACGUCAGUCGGAUGACCCACAAGUUCGAGUUGCGCGGGGCCACGCCCUCGCCUGAACGCGGCCGCAGGCGCCAGCGCAGCGCCCAGGAUCGCCUCAUGCCGCACAUCGAUGUCAUCAGCAAGACGGCGGCCCUCAAAAGGGAGCUGCAGCCGGUCCGGAGCCCCCUGCGCAGUCUCAGCAGCAGCAGCAACUACAUCGAGCGGCUGCGCAUGCGCUACGAGUCGCCCGAUCCCGCCGAGACCCGAACGCGGACCAUCAGCUAUCUGUCCACGUCGCAUCCGGACCUGCGGGACGUGCACGACAUCUCCCCACACCUAUGCGCCGAUUGGGUGGCGCACAAGCACCCGCAGCCCACUGACCAGCCACGACCGAAGCUGCCAAAGGUUCUGCCCAAGAAGCCACAGCGCGUGGCUGCGCGCGCCAGCUCCACCUCGCCGCCGCGUCCGCCCAAGUCGCCGCGUCACCAACACAGCGGCCAGCUGACCAGCUCCCUGCGCGGCAACUAUGACGACAUCUUUGCCAAUCAGAAGUUCGAUCCGAGGAUGCAUCGUCCCAAGGCACGCUAUGUGCCGGAUGGGAGGGGCACGGGCCCAGUCCCGACCUCUGGUGGUGCCACCUUGGAGCGACUCAAGAAGACAAUGGCGGUAACGUUUAAAGACGUCAACAUUCACUUCAAGACACCGAUAAGGCAUGAGCAGAAGCAGUACAUACCGGAGGAGGAACUAGCCACACGCCAAGCGGAGCAUAUGCAGAAGCUGUACCACGAGGAGCGACGCCGCAAGUAUCUACAGGAGCUGCAGGACAUGAACUCUCGACGCCACACGGACAACUUCACGCCCUCGCAGAAGUCCCCGAUCGCCCUCAAUCGCUACGAUGACUUCCCCACCGACGUGACGCUCAAGUCGCUGGUGGGUCCCAAAACCGUUGCCCGGGCCCUCUACAACUUCCAGGGACAGAGCUCCAAAGAGCUCUCCUUCCGCAAGGGCGACACCAUCUACAUAAGGCGGCAGAUCGAUCCCAACUGGUAUGAGGGUGAGCACAAUGCGAUGAUCGGGCUGCUCCCAGCGAGCUAUGUGGAGAUUGUCAGCCGCGAUGGCGCCCGCACUCCGUCCAAGCGCCCGUCGGAGGGACAGGCUCGUGCCAAAUACAACUUCCAGGCCCAGUCGGGCGUAGAGCUGUCUCUCAACAAGGGAGAGCUGGUAACGCUGACGCGUCGCGUGGAUGGCAAUUGGUUCGAGGGAAAGAUCGCCAACAGAAAGGGCAUAUUCCCAGUGUCCUAUGUGGAGGUUCUCACGGACAUUGGAGCCGAGGAUAUAGCAGCCAGGACGACGACCGUGAUCAGCAGCCAGAGCACCACGAAUCUGCGGCCCAAUCUGGAUGUGCUGCGCACAAACAUCAACAAUGAGUUCAACACGCUGACCCAGAACGGAGCCCAGCCCGUGAACGGGAUCCUGAAGGAGACGCGAACGCUGCACAAGACGGACGCACUCCACGUGGACACCAGCUCCGAGCCACUGGCCUAUCGCGCACUGUACAAGUACCGGCCACAGAACUCCGAUGAACUGGAGCUGCUGGAGGGGGAUCUGGUGCAUGUGCUGGAGAAGUGCGACGACGGAUGGUUCGUGGGCACCUCGCAGCGCACCGGCUGCUUUGGCACAUUCCCCGGCAACUAUGUGGAACGCGCCUGAAGCGGAGCCAUUGAGUCGGGUGUGGGACACCCGAAUACGAGUACCAAAAUACCCAAAAAAAAAUCGUUCACCUCUAAUCUUAAUGAAUUUGUAGUCUAAUACCGAGUAAUGUGGAAUAACCGAUGCCAGACCCGGCCAGGCCAGGCCAGGGCAGGUCAGGUCAGGGCCGGUCAGGGAAGGUCUGCUGGACACAGGACACAGAGGCAGUUAUAAGAUUAAUUCUGAUUUGAUUUAACUGGAUUACUUUAUGUUGUUGUUGAAUUCUUCUUAUUCCCCUAAUACUACCGUUCUGCUGCUUGCGUUGCCGUAACGUAAAACUAUUUAUUUAUUUUUAAACAGAGCAUUAAUUUUAUCAAUGUUGGAAUUAUGUUUAUUUAUACUCGUGAAAAGCGAACACACACCACACAAUAUUAAUAUUAACCAGAGAAGUUUUCCCCCAAAAACACCGCCACCUCCUUUGCCACCACCAGCACCACCUCCCUCCCCACCCACAAUCCCGAUAUCAAAGAGAACUAAAUUAAGAUCAUACAUGCAUACAUAUACAAUAUAUACCCUUGUCGUUUACCUACUAAUUUUAACUAGUCACAGCUAAUUUCCAAAAAAAAAAAAGAAAACCAAGAAAACCAAUACACAAUGAUGGAGAAACCGUUGAACUAAAAAAGUGCCUUAGAAUUGAAAUUUUAAUGACUAAAAAUGAAGUUAAAUUAAAUUAAAUAAAAGAUGGAAAAAUAAAAGAAAGAAAAGCUGAAAAAUGCUAUGAACCAAGUGCCUCUGUUGAGUCGUGACAAAAUGAGCUAAGUUAAAAUACUCAGUCGAUGAGUAACGUGAGACCAUAAUACGAGUAUUCUCAAGCCGAUUCAACAGAUUUAAUUUAUUAAUCAUUACAAAACGAGCGUUUAUUACACAGACACUGUUGCAAGCGUAUUUAGUAAAUAAAUCAACAAACAAACAAACAAAAAACAACCAAGAACUAUCCGAGUAUCCAUUAUCUAUGCUCUAUGGCAACUAUUCCAGAUUAUGUUGUAAUUGCAACAGACUGGAACAGUUUGAUUGCCUUACUUUACCUAUUCCAAAAAGGAAAUGAAUUAAAAGGGUCACUGUGUUGUUAUCUCACUUGAUUGGAAAUUGAAAAGAAAAUCUCUCAACUGCUAGAAACGAGAGAGAUUAAAAUGGAUCCAGUACCAGGAAACAGAAAUAUAUCUCUGCCAUCGCAA